AUAUUUCAACAUUAGCAUUCUCGACGUUCAUCACAUUUCAACUCUAAUUAAAAAUAGGUUUUGGGCUAAUGGAACAAUAGAAAACGCUGACAGUAAUAAGAGGAUAAGGCUAUUCCAUGAGAAUACUGUAUUGUUAGACGAGCCAGCAGGGGGUACGUGUUUCCUCCAUAAUGGAAGUUCAACAUUCAAGAUCUUAAUAGUUAAUUCGCCACCUUAUAUUCAAGACACACACAGCAUUAAAAUCACGUGUAUUCUCUCCGCGAUCAAUGUCAAGAUUUAAUGUGUCGUCAUGUUAAUAAGAUCAAAGUGCAAAACGCAGAUUUUUCCUUAUCUCUUUGUUCUGUAAGGACGAUAGAGGGCAUAAAGACAACACACAAAGACAACCUUGCUCUUUUCCAUCCUACUAAAAUGGAAGAACCUUUACGUCUUUAUGUCUGACGGAUUGUUUUGGGCUUUUAUAAAGUAUCUGUUUUCUUAAGGAAUGGUUGCGAUUGGGCUUCUUCACUACGCCAACAGAUGGCGCAAACAAGCCAUCUCAGCGUUUUUAUCGAAUAGAAGAAGACUUCACUUUUUUUUAGUUUUGUGUUGACAGCAACUAGCAGCCAGCAAUUAGCUGCUUGUGUGAAGAUGUCUGCUGCAGAAGACGACACAGAACUGAGGGAUCUUCUCAUCCAGAACUUAGAAAACAACGGAGUUCUAAACAAGCUCAAGGCGGAGAUGAGGGCUGCUGUGUUUCUGGCAUUGGAGGAACAGGAUCGUCUGGAGAACAAGACACCGUUGGUCAAUGACAACCUAAAGAAAUGUCUCAACACGAAAGAUGGUCGUCUGGUGGCCAGUCUCAUUGUGGACUUCCUGCGAGUGUUUCAUCUCGACUUUAGCCUGGCCGUUUUCCAGCCGGAGAUCAACACGCUGAGUGGUCUGGACAGUCGUCAGUUGCUCUGCAGCGAACUCGGCCUGUCGGAGGCGGAGCUGAACACUAACUCACCUGUGCUACUGGAGCUCGUCCGACGAGGGCGGCACAAAGUCACGUCCAUCAUGGCCGCUGAGGUGGUGUUAGACGAGGACAGAAUCACUUCUCCACCUGUCAACAAGGUCGCCAUCUCUGGUGGCGAGGAAGAGGAGCAGCAGGACUGCGAACCUGUUAAGGAGGUGGACAGCAGGCCUAUGUCUUUAGCUCCUGACCUGCGCUUGGGCGUGGAUGUAGACGGGGACAUGGAGGAGCACCAGGAUAAGGAUGAUUCCUUUUUUGAUGACCCUAAGCCUAAACCCCAGAAGACCUAUGGCUGGCAAGGGGACACUGGCGGAAGCAGGCAGCGUCCACCAGAAUUGUUGUCAGAGGCGACACAGAUACCAGAAGGAGGAGAAGGAGGAUGCGCAUCAGAAAGGAUUCACAGUCAGACGGCAUCAAAUUCCAGAGAGAAAGAAUUCCGAGACCAGAAGGUCUGCAGCAAAGCUGAUCCAGAGGACGAUGUUGAAUAUGACGACGACUUCAACAGCAAUCGAUCUGAUCUCUACAAGAGCGAGCUGAGCAUCAGCGAGGACAUCGAGGAGGUUUCCAUUGAGGGACCCGACAACAGCGAAAAGCUGGAGUACACAGUGGACGAGAGUGUCUCUCAGCUGAGCCACAGUCAUGGCGUGGACUACAUGGAGGAGGUGGCCUGAUGAUCUUCUUGUACAGUUUUAAUAAGCCAAUAAAUGUAAAGUCACUUAA